CGCCUUCUUCUCCAGAUCUCAAAUCCCAAGCUUCGCAUCUUGGACUCCAAUGGCGUCCACCCCAGCCCCCGCCUCCGUCCCCGCCGUGAUCCCGAUAACCACCAACCCCUCUCCAACGCCGGCAACCACCCCGGCCGUCCGCCAAUUCAUCACCGGCGUCACCGAUUCCGUCCGCCGUGUCCUCGCCCAAGGUCGUCCCUGGUCCGAGGUCCUCGAUCGCUCCGCCUUCUCCCGCCCCGAGUCCCUCUCUGACGCUACCUCUCGACUUCGCAAGAACCUCCCCUACUUCCGUGCCAACUACUCCGCCCUCCUCGCCGCCGCUCUGGGCCUUUCUCUCCUCUCCAACCCCGGAGCCCUCCUCGUCCUCCUCUUCCUCCUCGCUUCCUGGUGCUUCCUCUACCUUUUCCGCCCCUCCGAUCAACCUCUUGUCCUCCUCGGUCGCACCUUCAGUGACCGUGAGACUCUCGGCGGCCUUACCCUCUUGACCAUCAUCGUCGUCUUCCUGACUUCCGUGGGAUCUACCAUUAUAUCUGCUCUGAUGGUCGGAGCCGCGAUCAUUUGCGCCCACGGCGCGUUCCGCAUGCCGGAGGACCUGUUUCUUGAUGAUCCGGAAUCAGGAAGCGCUACCACCGGCUUCUUGUCAUUCCUCGGUGGAUCUCCGUCUCCUGCUGCGGCUGUCGCUGUCCGCGUUUGAUCCGGCAUCUGAUGGAAAGUGUAGGCUGGAUCACCGGAAUUUCUGAUAUAUUGGGAGUGGAUCAAUGGGCAAGAAACACAGUUAUGGCAGUGGAUGGUUCAUUUGAUUGCUUUGCCUUGUUUAAGAUUUAUAGUCUGCAAUUAUGCUUUGUUAUAGUCAUGUGCGGAGUUGUGAAUUAUACCAAUUAUGCUUGAUUUUUUCAUUAGGUUGA